GGGUCACAUGGUUUAAGACAGUGCGUUACUACGCAUGACUUUGAGUAUCUCUUCAAGAACUAUGAGUUUAUGGUCUUCGUUGGAUGAAGCAUAUGAUAAUUUAGAUCUUUCAGAAAGUGAUGGUGAAAGUAACAACGCUACUAAGUUAUAUAUGCAGAAAUUUCAAAGCAAAGUCGAUUUUUCAAUGAAAAAUGAGAGGAAGUUAAAAGAUAAAAGCGACAAGGCAACGACUGAUCAUGCUCUCGACAGAAGAUCGUGCUCCAUACUAUUCAAAAUGAUGAAUCAGGAAAUAUUUAGUGAAGUUAAUGGGUGUAUUAGUACAGGGAAAGAAGCGAACAUAUAUCAUGUAAAAAAUAAAGAUAAUGUGGAUUUCGCUAUCAAAGUUUAUAUGACAUCAAUAAUGCCAUUUAAAUCUCGCGAUAAAUACGUGAAGGGCGAUUUUAGAAUGCGUCAUGGUUACUCAAAGUCAACAUCUUGGAAGCUUGUAUGUAAAUGGAGUGAAAAAGAAUAUCGUAAUUUACUCCGAAUAAAUCAAUCGGGUUUAAUAAGUGCCCCCAAACCUCUACGUUUGAAAGGCGUUGUCCUAUUGAUGACGUUUGUCGGGAAGGAUGGUAUUCCCGCCCCAAAGUUAAAGGAUGUUUGUUUUCAAGAAAGCGAUUGCAAAGAUACCCCCGAUUGGGCUGCCUUGUACUUUCAAGUUAUUCAUGAUAUACGAACAUUGUUUCAAAAGUGCCGCUUAGUCCACGCCGAUUUAAGCGAAUACAACUUACUAUAUCUUGAUGGAAAAGUUUGGAUGAUUGAUGUUUCCCAGGCUGUGGAACAUGAAUCGCCUCAAGCUCUUGAAUAUUUAAGAACUGAUUGUCACAAUAUAAAUAUAUUUUUCCGCAAACAAGGUGUUUCAACCUUAACAUUACGAGAACUUUUUGAAUGGGUAGUGAAUCCUACAUUGCCUGCACCUGAUGAUGCAUCAUCUAAAGAGUGUUUAAUGUCUUUACUUCGAGAAGCUUCAAUUCGUGGAUUAAAUGAAACCAUUGAAAAAGAAGAUGAAGCCUUCCGAUAUGUACAUAUUCCUCGAAAUUUAUCAGUAUCAUAUCCAUUUGUGAGAGAUUUUCUUAAAAUACAACGCGGACAAUUGUCACAUUCUGAUAUAUACUACGCAGCUAUAACUGGACUGAAACCAGACUUAACAGGCACUAUAAUACAACCUCAAAUAAUGAAAGAAAACAAUGAAUGUGAAUCGGAUAAUGAAUCAAUUACAGACAAAGCUUCAGAAAGUUCCUCUGAGUCUAUUAGAAAAGAUGUAACUCAAGCAAAAAAUAAUGCACGACCGCGAAAUGAAUCUCCAGAAAGUCGUAGGAAUAGAAAAAAAGCAAUCAAGCAAGAACAAGCUGAAAAGCGAAAACAUAAAAUUCCUAAAUAUGUUAAAAGACGUAAAAUAAAAAAGUAAAAAAACUUCCAAAUUG